AUUUUGUUUAGUUCUAACGACCGCACUCGAAUGACGAGCGGAACAGCGCUAAGUUAAAUGAACAAACAUGCAGGAAAUACAUUUAUAAAUCAUAUUAAUAUCACUUUAAUCGUCCGCAACCCUUCACCUGCUUUUAUCACGUGACCUGGAGACGCGCGCGUGACCUUCGCGUACACGCGCAGCUCAAAGCAAUGGCUCAAAGUGGAGCAAAAGCCGCAGAUCUCAGCAGAGAACCACCCGGAGAGCAGAAACCUUCACCGUCCAGCCGACAGAAUGAAGAGGACCUCGGCUAUAAUUUAUACCCGGAGAGAGGCAGCAGGCUCAAGAAGAGCACGGUCGAAGAGAGUCUGUUCACCUUUAAACACAAGUGUCAACUCAUGCUGCAGUUCGCCAUGGACACUAGUCCUUAUGCUAAACUUCUGCUGGGGGCCAUGAAGAGCUCUGGCUGCACAGUUUUUAAAGACAGACACUUCUCCUGCGAGGACUGUGAUGGGACGGUCAGUGGCGGGUUUGAUGCUGCUACCUCUCAGAUUGUUUUAUGCCAGAACAACAUUCACCAGCAGGCUCAUAUGAACCGUGUGGUCACUCAUGAGCUGAUCCACGCCUUUGACCACUGCAGAGCUCAAGUCGACUGGUUUAGCAACUACAGACAUCUGGCCUGUUCAGAGAUCCGGGCGGCUAAUCUGAGCGGAGACUGUUCCUUCAUUAACGAGUUCUCCAGGUUUAACUUCGGCCUCAGAAAACAUCAUCAGGAGUGUGUGCGUGGCCGAGCACUGCGCUCUAUCUUGGCGGUGCGGCGGGUCAGCAGGGAGGAGGCGGAGCGAGUGGUUGACGAGGUGUUUGACAGCUGCUUUAAUGACCACGCCCCCUUCGGCCGCAUCCCGCACAGCAAGAAAGACGCCAAGUUUGCCCAUAGAGACUUCGAGAACCGGGACCGCUAUUACGCAAACCUCUGACCACACACAUACCUGACCAACUCCAGCCUGAUCAUCCGUGAUAUCAAGCUGAACUAUGAGCACAUUCUUGCCUUUUUUAAUCAGAGUCUAGCCUGAGGAAACGCUGAGGAUCUGUUGGAAAGGGACUGAGCUAUUUAUUGGACAUGUGUAACGUCAGAUCUAUCUUUGUAUAUCAGCAGAUUAUUAUUAUUUUUGCAAACAUUCACCAUUCACUCGAGUUUCUGUACUGAUCUGAGAGAAGCGACACACAUGAGACUGAAAAACAAAUUAAAAUAAGAAAUCAA